AUGGAAGGAAAUGAUAAGUGUUUAAAUGUCACCUUGGCUGACAUAGAAAAAGAUACAAUGAAAAAUAAUUUAAGCCUAAAUAGUAAAGGUAAUGAACUUUUAAAUAAUAAGAAAAGUGGUUAUAAAAAUAAUAUAAAGAAAAAAAAGAAAAAAAGUAUAAAGGAAAAUAAUGGGAAUGAACAAAAUAAAGGUAAUGGUACUCUUACCCUAAAGAAUGAAGAAAAUGAUAGUAAGGUAUUCAAAACAUACAGAAAUAAAAGAAAUAGUAAAAAUGAUAAUAUGGAAAAACAUAAAAAUGAUGUAACAAAAAAUGAAAAUGAUAUAACAAAAAAUGAAAAUGAUGAGAUAAUAAAAGAAGAUAAAAAUAGCAAUUUAGGAAAAACCAAUGGAUAUAAUAUAAAAGAUAUAAGAAGAAAAAAAAAAGACAAUAAUAAAGAAUACAUAAGAGACCAUAUGAAAAAAAAAAAAGAUAUAAUAAUGAAUAAUAAAGGAAAAAAAAAUAAUAGUAAUAAUAAUAAUAAUGACAAUAAUGAUAAUAAUGAUAAUAAUAAUAGUAAUAAUAGCAAUAAUAAUAAUAAUAAUAAUAAUAAUAAUAGUAAUGAAUAUACAAAAAGAAAGAAUACACAUAAAAAACAUUUAAAUGAACACUAUAAAAAUGAGAGUAAUAAGAAAAAGGUUAAUGAAAAGAAAUACAAUAAUAGUGUGUAUGUUAAUAAUAAUAUAAAGAAAAAUCAUGUAAACAAAAAUAAAAAUGAAAAUUAUUUACAAAAUGUGUGGUUAUUUUUAUUCGAUAAUGAAGUUAGAAAAGAAAAUGAACAAUGUGUUGGAAAAAUUAUAUCACUGGAUACUUUCAAUACCAUAGAAAAAUUUUACAAGAACUAUAAAUAUAUGAAAUCGCCUUCAGCCAUUAAGGAAUACUACAACAUUUAUCUUUUUAAACAUAAUUUUAGACCCCUCUUUGACGAAUAUCCAAAUGGUUUUAUUUGUACCGUUAAAAAUGCCAAUCAUUUUAAAAAUGACAGCGUUGAUAUAAUAUGGGAAAAAAUGGUUCUUUUGGCUAUAGGAGAAGAAUUUAGCUUAAUCGACUUAUGUGGUUUACAAUUAUGCAUAAGAGAUAAUGAAAUGUUUUUUAAAAUAUGGAUGAAAAAUUAUUCAAAUUAUCUAAAAAAUAUAUUGAUGAAAAAAUUAAAGGACCUCCUAGGUUUGCCCCACAACACAUCUCUAGUUAUAAGAAACUUAUCCAAUGUAUACAAUAACAAAAAAAAUCAACAAGGAAAGGGAAAAAAUGAAAAGGCUAAAAAGAAUUACAAUAAAAAUAAUAAGGGCGCAGAAUUUGUAGCUAGUAAAAAGGAUUCUUUAAAAAUGCAUAAUUAUCCAAACAUAGUACCACCACCAAAUUAUUUAGGAAAUUACAAUGUUUACAAAUACAACCUAGAUAUGAAUUUGUUUUAUUUAUAUAAUAAUCAAAAUAUGCCUAACCCGUAUAUAUACAUUCCUGUCAAUGUACCCAAUAAUCAAUAUAAUAAUAUUUAUCCAGAUUAUAUGUACGACAGUAAUACGAGCUAUCCUAUAGAUAUAAUUAAUAAUAAUUUAUUAAGUAAUGAUAUUAAUGUACCAAGCAAUUUUGUAAAUAAUAAAAUGAAUGGAUCGAUAAUAGUAGAUAAAAAAAGUAAAAUUGAUUAUGGAUUAAAGAAUGAGGAUUAUAAAAAAAAAUCUAUGAAUUCCUUAAAUUCGAAUGAUAUAUAUGAAGAUAGUAAAAGUACUACAUGUAUUAAAUCCGUAUAUACCGAUGAUGAAUAUGAAUAUAAUAAUAGUAGUAAUAAUAAUAAUAAUAGUAAUUAUUUUAAUACCAGAAAAAUAUAA